AUGAAAGCGCCGUCUCUUUCUGCCAACGCUCCCGUUCCCGUUUCUAUGUCGGAGUCUACCUCUGCCACCUGGUUUGCCAUUAAUAGUGCCAAGUGA